AUGGACAGUCUGCCAACCGCCGUUACUCGUCUUGCGGUCCUCUACGCUGGAGUCAAGGUUACUCACGCGCUAUACAAAAUUGUCAGCUUCUGCGCCGUAUACCUGCGGCCGUCCCAGUUGUACCGUUAUGUUUACGACGAUGCCAACGGUAACCCACCUUGGGCAUUGGUGACAGGUGCCUCUGAUGGCGUCGGCGUCGCUUUUGCGGAUCAGCUUGCCGCCGCCGGGCUCAAUGUUGUGCUGCACGGGCGCAACAAAGCAAAACUGGACAGUGUCCGCAGGCGACUCGCGGAGAAGCACCCGCAACGGCAAUUCCGUCUGUUUGUGGCCGAUGCAACGCGCGUGUGCCACCCGGUGCUCACCGACGUCAACGGAGACAUUGACGGAGACGUCAACGCCAGCUUAUCUAUUGACAACCUCGUCGAAGCCCACUUGGGCGACCUUCACCUGACUGUGCUCGUCAACAACGCGGGCGGCGGUCUGCCUUCGCCGACGUACGGCUCGCUGGCCGAGACGUCGAGCACCCGCAUCGUGGAUAAUAUGAAUCUCAACGGUGUGUUCCCACUGGUACUCACGGCGCGCUUUCUCGAGCUGCUCCAGCGACGCCGACAGCAACCAACGUCAUCAUCUUCAAGCCCCGCUCUCAUCAUGAAUAUUGGCUCGUUAGCCGAUAUUGGCUUUCCCUUUGUCACACCCUACGCCGCGUCCAAGGUGCUAGUCAUGGCCGCCACGAGCAUGGCCCGCCGCGAGCUGGAGGCCCUCGGCCAGGGUGGCAUCCAGAUGCUCGCUGUGCGCUUCGGCAGCGUCACGGGUGUCAGCCACACCAAGAGUGCACCGAGCCUCUUGGUGCCGGACACGGAUACUAUGGCGCGCGCCUCCCUCGCUCGGACAGGCAGCCGCCGUGACGUUGUUAUUGGUCAUCUGCCACAGGCGUUACAGAACUUGGCACUUGGCCCACUUCCAGCGUCUAUGCUAGAACAAAUUUUUAAAAGCGUUAUGAUGGCACGGCGCACUAAGGAGAUGGAGGAGAUGUCGGAACAGAAGAAAUCGGAAUAG